AUGGAAAACAAUUUACUUAUCUGCCCUUACGAUAAUUCACAUGUUGUUAAUAAACAACAUUAUCAGUUACAUGUAAUUAAAUGCCAAAAGCGACAUAAGCACAUAAAAUUAGUAUCGUGUUAUUAUAAUUACAGUCAUAAAAUAAAAGGAGAAGAGAUAUUAGAACAUUAUAAAAUUUGCGCAGAUAAACGUGAAUUUGAAAAAAGCGAAUGUCAGGAUUUACGGAAUUUAAGUUCACUUAAUAAAUAUAGGAAUAAUUAUUUAGAAUUAUUAAAUAAGAAAAAUCAAGAAAAGUAUGAGUUACAUCAAAAUUUAUUUGACAAAAGUUUGAAAACACCCAACUUAAAAGAUUCUAACGAUUCAAAUUAUAAAUGUAAAAAAAGUAGAACGAAUAAUUUAGUUACUGAUAAAAAUACUCUUUGUCAGAAAAAUGGUGAUAAAGUCGAAAUUGAUGAUUUAGGAUUUAUUAUUCGAAAUUAA